UAAAAAUAUGCUAGGGAUUAAAUUAACUUUCUUACUAUUUCAAUAUAUUUAUUCAAGUGGGAUGAAUGAACAUAAUUUUAAGAUAAAGAAGAAUUAUUUCUGUAUAUUUCGUAAACAUUUUAAAUCAAAGAAGAUCAUUCAAGGCUGCUACGAACAUUCCGAGAAAUAUCUAAGAGAUAUUUGUAUUAAUCGUUUAUAUAGUUCGGUGACCACUUAUGAUAGAAUAACGGAAGAGCUAAGUGAAAAGCUUAACCCCUAUAAAAAGGAUAAAAGACAAUUCUUAGUAAAAAGAUGCCCUGAGUCUAAAGAUUCUAAAGCUAGUAGAACAAUGUGUUGUGUUAAUCCUAAUCCAAUUGCAAACUUCCGUAAAAACGAUGCUGGAUGUUGUGAAGAAUUGGAAGAUAUAAACAAUAAUUUUAAACAAUAUCUCUAUUGGGGUGUAUAUAUUUUAUCUGGUUGUUUGAGCCUCGUUGUCGUCGCUCUAUUAUCUAUGCUAUUCGUUGAAAAAUAUCCGCUGUUCAUUGUAAGUUGUUUGUCUGCAAGGAGACGGCGGCAAAGGCGUCUAGACGCGAAUGAAAGAGAGAGAAACGUAGAAGUUGAUCGAUCAAAUGACCAAUCCCUACCUAUUCCUGUUAUACGUGUACCUAUGGCUAUCAGUAGACCGUUGUCUAGAGCCGACGAACCGCCCUCUUACGACAAUAGUAUUGAUCCAUCGCCAAAGUUCACCCGUUCUAGAUCGUCACCCGUAUCAAAGGAUGACAGUAGUCAAUCCGUAUAGUCCAUCUAGCGGAUAAGCAUUUUA